UUUCUUGUGGCAACUGUUUUUUUUUUCCGCCACAAACCGUUAGUCUACAUCUUGUGUGGCCUACACUAAAAAAAUCGAAGCUAAUAGUUGUGGCGAGCGAGCCAGCCAGUGAAUCCUCCUCUUUCAAGCGACUGGCGAUGUCGGCAGCCGGCGAGAAGAAGAAGACGGCAUGCGUGACCGGAGGGAACGGGUACAUCGCCUCGGCUCUGAUCAAGAUGCUGCUGGAGAAGGGCUACGCCGUCAAGACGACGGUCAGGAACCCCGAUGACAUGGCCAAGAACUCCCACCUCAAGAACUUGCAGGCGCUCGGCCCCCUGACCGUCCUCCGCGCCGACCUGGAUGAAGAGGGCAGCUUCGACGAGGCCGUCGCCGGCUGCGACUACGCCUUCCUCGUCGCCGCUCCGGUGAACCUCUCGUCAGGGGAGGAGGAUCCUGAGAAAGAGCUGAUCGAGCCCGCUGUCCGGGGAACGCUGAACGUGAUGAGGUCGUGCGUGAAGGCCGGCACGGUGCGGCGCGUGAUCCUGACCUCGUCGGUGGCCUCAGUCUACAUCAGACCGGAGCUGCAAGGCAACGGGCACGUCCUGGACGAGGAUUCCUGGUCUGACGUCGAGUACCUCAGGGCCGAGAAGCCACCAUUGUGGUGGGCGUACUGCGUGUCGAAGGUCCUCCUGGAGAAGGCGGCGUGCCGGUUCGCGGAGGAGCACGGCAUCAGCUUCGUCACCGUCUGCCCCGUCUCCACCGUCGGCGCGGCGCCGGCGCCGAUCGUCAACACCAGCGUCCCUUGCUGCCUCUCAUUUCUAUCCGGUGACGAGGCAGCGCUCGGCACGCUCAAAGGAAUCGAGAGGACCUCCGGCGCGCUGCAGCUGGUCCACGUCGACGACCUCUGCCGCGCCGAGGUGUUCGUCGCCGAGGAGGCGGCGGCCGCGGGGAGGUACGUCUGCUGCGCCCUCAACACGACCGUCGUCGAGCUCGCGCGUUUCCUGGCACGGAAGUACCCGCAGUACGGCGUGAAGACAGACUUCACCGACGAUGAUCAGCUCCUGGAGAAGCCGAGAGUGAGCGUGUCGUCUGCCAAGCUGGUUAGGGAAGGGUUCGAGUUCAAGUACAGGACCCUGGACGAGAUAUACGACGACGUCGUCGAGUACGGCAGGGCACUCGGAAUUCUGCCCUACUGGUUGAGAUACUUCAUAAACACGAUUUGCUGCUGCACCCGGUUCGCCACCGGCAUUUCGUCGAACAAAUCCCUGUUCGCCUUCCUCCUCGCCGCCGCUUCCGCCUCCGCAUUCUCUGACGGUGGCAGCCACCUCCCGUUCACGCUCCUCCCCGCCGAUCCCGCUGCCGCGGAUCCGUGGGCGAGUGACUGUCCGGCGAUGCCGAGCUGGGCCUCGGUCACCACGGCCGCGCCCCUGUACGCGUCCGGCGGGUACAUCAGCUACGGCGCGCUGAGGCGCGACCGCGUGCCAUGCUCCCGCCGCGGCGCCCGCAGGGACGGAGACCGCGGCGACGAGGCGGCGUUCGGCAUGCUGAAAGACGUCGAGAUGGCCUCCGGCGCGGGGCUGCUGGUGCAUGGUGCACGUCGACGACCUGUGCCGACGUGCCGUGCCACGGUGUUCGUCGCCGAGGAGGAGGCGGCCGCGGGGAGAUCGGCGAUGUCAGCUGGUGGCACGAAGAAGAAGGCGUGUGUGACCGGAGGCAACGGGUAUAUCGCCUCGGUGCUCAUCAAGAUGAUGCUGGAGAAGGGCUAUGCCGUGAAGACGACGGUCAGGAACCCCGAUGACAUGGAGAAGAACUCCCACCUCAAGGACCUGCAGGCACUUGGCUCCUUGGAAGUCCUCCGCGCCGACCUGGACGACGAAGGCAGCUUCGAUGAGGCCGUUGCUGGCUGCGACUACGCCUUCCUCGUCGCCGCUCCGGUGAACCUCCAUUCAGAGAAUCCUGAGAAAGAACUGAUCGAGCCUGCUGUCCGAGGAACCCUGAACGUGAUGAGGUCGUGCGCAAAGGCAGGGACCGUGAAGCGCGUGGUCCUGACCUCGUCGGCGGCCGCCGUCUCCAGCAGGCCGCUGCAAGGCGACGGGCACGUGCUGGACGAGAACUCCUGGUCCGACGUCGAAUUCCUCACUGCCAACAAGUCCGGCCCCUGGGGGUAUCCGGUCUCCAAGGUGCUGUCGGAGAAGGAGGCGUGCAGGUUCGCGGAGGAGCACGGCAUCAGCCUCGUCACCGUCUGCCCCGUUCUCACCGUCGGCGCGGCACCGGCGAAAAAGAUCCACACGAGCGUCCCCGCCAGCCUCUCCUUGCUGUCCGGGGACGACGCAGCGUUCGGGGUGCUGAAAGGCGUCGAGAUGGCCACCGGCGGUGUGCCGAUGGUGCACGUCGCCGACCUGUGCCGCGCCGAGGUGUUCGUCGCCGAGGAGGACGCGGCCUCCGGGAGGUACAUAUGCUGCGGCGUCAACACGACCGUCGCCGAGCUCGCCCGUUUCCUGACAGAGAAGUACCCGCAGUACACCGUGAAAGCAGAUCUGCUCUCCGGUGAGCUCCUCGAGAAGCCGAGAGUGAGGCUGUCGUCGGCGAGGCUGGUGAAGGAAGGGUUCGAGUUCAAGAAGAAGACGCUGGACGAGAUAUACGACGACGUGGUGGAGCACGGCAAGGCCCUGGGGAUUCUGCCCAACUGAUACUUCCUCUGCCUUCCAUCCGUAACAAGAAGCGAUAGCACCAGCUUGCAGUGAAGUUGGGAAAUAAAUCUAUGCUACCUGAUGUACGCUAGCUGAACUGUCGAAUAGGUCAUUUUCAGUAUAAUUAAUUCGUGUGUUAA